UUCAGAACACACUGUGGGCUUUGAGUUCCAUCGACAGACGUCGUCCUGACGGAGCUGGGCAAAACAUUUGAAACUGACAUUGCGCGACGCGCUUCACAUAUCAACCCCACCCCUUCUCUCCAAUGCCAGACCCCUGUAUGUAUUUUUAGCAGUGAUGUUCACUGUCAACUAAUCUAACGGAAAGAACAGAAAAGAACACGCUCCAGCAAAGAAGAAGAUAACUGGCGUUAUUGCCGUUGAGCGUUUAGUCAUCCACGGAAAGCAGCAAGUGAAAUGAAUAUUGAAAAUAAUCUACUGCUUUGUGCCUUGGUGAUCUUUACCCGUUCAUCGGAGACAAAGGGUCAGAGCACUUCUUUGGCCCCUGUCACCCCAGGCGCCUUCCAGCAUGAGGGCGUGUCCACUGCAUCCCCAGUCUUCCUAUUGGUCAAUGAAGAUGAGGAGGAGCCAGAGCCAAGUCCUGCCAAACAGACCUCUCCAGACCAAGUGAAUGGAGCCCCAACUGAACCAGCUUUUAUUGACGGCGACAGGCUGCUUCAGUCAGAGUCUGUUACAGAUGCUGGUGACUGGGAUGACAAGGCUCUGACCAAUCAGAUGACCACGUCUCUGCCUGCACCUGCACACACAGUCAACACCAUUACCGUCACCCAAGACAACGCCACUCUCGCAGACAGCUCCUCCUCCUCGUCCCCUGUAAAGAGCACCUCCCCUGCAGGACUGCUCUCCACCCUAGGGGACACAACAUACCCUGUCCCUGCUGGAGGCCACCUCACCACCUCUACUCCUCCUGUUUUAGACACCACCCCACCUCCAUCCCAUGUUUUAACACCGAUCCAGUCCUCUGUCCAACCCAGCACCCCAGCACUGACCCCUGCUCCAACCCAAACCCUCACCACGGAGCACACCAAGACCUCCGCUCCAGUACAUGUCCCUGCCGGCCCGCCUCACCAGGAGGUUCCAUCAGAGCUCACCGUUGGAGAUGAGGACAAAGGGCCACAACUCCACUCUCCUCUGGACCCUUUGCUGGCUAGCCUGGUCUCUAUCUUUAUCAUCACCACAGCCAUCGUCUCUGUUGUCCUCUUCCUCAAAUUCCGCCAACGGACCGAUCACCCUGACUUCCACCGGCUGCAGGAUCUACCCAUGUCUUGUCUUCCUGUCCAGGAUGACUUGAUGGAAGGCACACCACUUUCCAGAUACACUUACACAUACUGAUGACGGAACCCUCUCAUCAUCAACAGUCAACUUUACUUCUAGCCCAGCUACACAGCAGACACCCAAUCGGCCACCGUUUUGGAUCCUGGCAAAGCUUUUGACUGGAUUGGAGGCCCUCGGCCAGCGACCAUGUUGUCUCACUAUGAUUCCCCCUGCUGAGCAGUUUCCAAUUUGAUUGUAUUAUGUUAACAAUUAGAAGGCAUUCAAUACCCAAUCAGGGGUUGCAGUAUUAGGACAUCAGAGGUUCCGUUUCGACAUUAGGCCAACACCAUCAUUAUUCCCUUUGAAGCUUUCAGACAUUUCAUCUGCACAGA